UCCUUAACUGAAGUGAAUGAGGUGCUCAGGCGGCGUCUGGCUGUUAGCGGUGUGUAAACCGGUGUGUGUGUGUGUGUGUGUGUGAGUGUGUGUGUGUGAGUCCCUGCACUGCGGCUCUCUCUCCGCUCCUCUUCCUCGUCAUGCUCACGCGGGUGCGCUCCGCUGUCUCCACCAUCAUCGGCGGUAUGAUGGCCUCUGGCGCGAGCGCCGCUGAGCCCCGCGCGGACCUGCCGCUGCGCUUCUCUUACUGCAGGCCGGACUUCCUCGGCCUCAGUCCAGACGAGGUGGAGUGUUCAGCUGACCACAUCGCGCGACCCAUCCUCAUCGUGAAGGAGACCAGCCGCCUGCCCUGGUCCACCGGAUACGCCGAGGUGAUUAAUGCUGGUAAGAGUGCUCUGAAUGAAGAUCAGGCCUGUUGUGAGGUGGUGGAGCUGAGAAGACGACCUGCAGACCCGUCCAGCCCAAACUACACUCCAACCCCCAGGAGGCGCUCUUCACUGCCCAGCAGAGAAGCUCUGGAAGUCAGGGAGAACUCGCUCACAAGUCUGGAAAACACUGAAGAGGAGGUCAUGUACUUCCACUACUGGGCUCUGUUUGAUGGACAUGCAGGUUCGGGUGCUGCAGUCUUUGCCUCUAAGUUUCUACACCUGCACAUUGAGGAGCAGCUUCAGAGUGUGCUGGAGAUCCUGCAGAAGCCUUCCCUCCAGCCCCCCACCUGCCUGGGUGAGGAGAACAGCCUCCAUCUGCACCCCUCUGGAGGGUCGUCUCAGCGAGCUCUGUCCAGGGCGGCCUCGUUGCGGGGGGCCGCGGGGGCUCCAGGCUCUCCAAACACCGUGGCUCCACGCUUCUUCAUGGAGAAGAAGGUGAAGCAGGAGAGCCUUGUGAUCGGAGCAAUCGAGAAUGCAUUCAAAGAGAUGGACAAACACAUCGGCAGAGAGAAGAAUGUGUAUGAUAUCUCCGGAGGCUGUACAGCUUUGGCAGCUGUUUGUUUGUUGGGAAAGCUUUUUGUGGCCAAUGCAGGGGACAGCAGGGCCAUUAUUCUGCGCGGAGGAGAGAUCAUUCCCAUGUCAAGUGCCUUCACUCCAGAGUCAGAGAGACAGAGACUUCAGUGUUUGGCUUACAUGCAGCCCCACUUGUUAGGGAAUGAGUUCACCCACUUGGAGUUCCCUAGAACAGUUUGCAAGAAGGAGGUGGGGAAGAGAAUCUUAUACAGAGACUACAGCAUGAAGGGCUGGGCAUAUAAAACUGUUCAGGAGGAUGACAUGAAGUUUCCUCUGGUGUUUGGAGAGGGGAAGAAGGCACGAGUGAUGGCCACCAUUGGUGUUACAAGGGGGUUUGGUGACCACGAUCUAAAGGUUCAUGGCACGGACAUCUCCAUCAAACCUUUUCUCUCCAGCUGCCCAGAGGUGAAAGUGUACAACUUGGAGCAGUUUGAGCAUGGAGCUGAUGAUGUCAUGGUUAUGGCAACAGAUGGAUUAUGGGAUGUUCUCUCCAACCAGGAAGUAGCUGAGGCAGUCACUAGUUUCCUUGGAAACUGUGACCCUGACGACCAUCACAGGUAUACUAUGGCAGCCCAAGACUUGGUGAUGAAAGCCAGAGGGGUGCUGAGUGACCGAGGCUGGAGGAUAGCCAAUGAUGGACUGGGCUCUGGUGAUGACAUAUCUGUUUACAUCAUUCCUCUAAUGUUUGGAAACAGACCACCACAGCCAAGGUGACCAAUGGAGAGCCAAGGAACAGUGAUGGAGGAGGCAAAGAGCUCCCCUGACUCAUCAUCAUAGAGCCGUUCAGAAUGGCCUUCGCUGGCCCUAAGGCUUUGAAGAUAUAGAACAAUCACAAGAGCUGUCUUAAGACUUCUGACUCCUCACUGGAGGUCACAGUAGAUUAAACAUAAAUUUAAAGUUUGACAAACUGUAGGACUUCAUAUGUCAGUGUUCUACAAUUGCUACUCAACAACCAGUUCCUAAUAUAUAGUUCAAAAGCUACUGCUCACAGCCUGGCUGUGCUGAAGUCUUCCUAUUGCCUUCUGUUUAUUUAUUCUCUUAACAUAUGAUUUUGUCUCUUUCCUCUUGUCCAUUCUGUGAAUGGAACACAAAGGGAAACUACUGGGUUUUGGAUAACUAGGUUUACAGAGAAUACAGAGAGGUGUAAAUACAUUUAGAGAUCUAUCUGGGGGAAAAAAAAAUCAACUUCCAGUCCAUGGCGUGUGCUCUCUCACAUGCUCUGAGGGUCCAUAUUUCAGUGUGGGUGUUUUCCAACAGCACAAAGCUGAAGAGCCUUUUUAUACACAUGGUGUAGGAAUUGUGGCUGAGGAUGCGAGACUAAAACACUUUUCUUUUUUGGUCACUUAUUGAUGUAAAUGUCCCAUGCAAGAUGUGAAAAACAGUGCAGCUUUAAUUUGAUUUAUUGAAAUUAUUUAUUUAAUUUUUUUUUUUUUUACAUCUU